AUGAUGGAUCAAAGACAGGGACAGAUUUAUCCGAAUUUAUCAGAUUUAUUGACGUACCAACAGAAUAUUGACAGAUUAAAUAUAGAUGAUGAAAAGUUUGGUGAGAAUUUCGCGGGUGAAAGGUUUCGUGAAAAUGACGCAUCACCAACGUCUCCAGUGUCCACCUUGGAGGAAGAAGACAGUAGCCAAUCGGCAUUUGGAGUAGAUUUGACGGGCAAAGGCACAAAUUUAGGCGGAAAAUCUUUUACAAUAGCGGCUAUUUUAGGAUUGACAAAUUCAGAAGAAGAUGUGAUGAAUCUCAGCGUGCAAGAGAGGCUGCAGCAGAAUCAAAGACAAUUACACAAUUAUUUAUACGCAGGCCAUGAUAUGCAAAGGUUGAAUGAUGGGUUCUGUAGGACUAUGGUGGGAGUUCCGUCGGCGUUGCGACAAGAUAGUCCUCGGCCCGAGCUCCGGCCGCAGGCGGGGCAGUUGAAAACUAGGGCGCAUUCUAUGACUUGCUCUAACAGUUCUGGAAGAAGCAAACGUAUUAGAACAAUAUUUACGCCAGAACAAUUGGAAAGGCUCGAGGCGGAAUUCGAAAGACAGCAGUACAUGGUAGGACCUGAGAGAUUGUACCUAGCUCACGCACUACAACUCACUGAGGCACAGGUAAAAGUAUGGUUUCAAAAUCGCCGUAUAAAAUGGCGUAAGCAUCACCUCGAAGUGACUCAACAACGGCUAGCUGUGCUUCAAAGGCACAGGCCGGAGGGAGACGAUGUA